AUGAAUAUCAAAAUAUCCGAAGAACGCUACUUGACAGAUGAUGAGAGCACAAGCUUCAUAGAGAGUGAAAGUGAAACUAUUGACAAACAAGAUGAAUACAUUGAAAAAUAUGAUUUUAGACACAAGCUAUUUGAUGCUCUAUGCUCUUUUAGAAUUAUUCUGCCAGUCUUGGGCUUAAUACUAAUUAUGCUUUCAUACUUUCUCUGGAAUGUUCCAGUCGAAGGAACCAAAGACACCUACAAAGAGAUUCACUUUGGGAGUGUCUUCUUUGCCUGUGGUUGCUCUCUUAUUGUCUCAAUUACUCUUGGUACGGUCUUCGAAAGCAUCAGUAUGAACUAUCUCAAGAAAAGCAGGGGAGAUGCGUCAUACUGUUAUUAUUUUAAUGAGUUAUCCUUUCAUAUCUCUGGCCUUCUCGUCAUGGCUACUAUCCAGGCCUUUCUAAUGAGAAAGUACGAGGAUUUUUAUCUUGUUGACCUCCUUGGCAUUAAGCUAUAUCUUCUUUAUUCUCUUAGAUUGAUGAUGUUUGCAUCUAUCAUUCUAGGACUGCUAAAGGCUGCGGUAAAAUAUGUUUCAAUGCGAUUUAACUAUAACAUGUACAUAAAUAGUAUCAGGAAGUGUAUUCUCUUUGAUUUCUUUGUGUCUUUAAUAUCUACAGUUAAGGAGGACGAGGACAGUGAAAGAAUUGCAAGGAUCUCUAUUGAGAAAGAGCCUGAGAGCAUUCUGAAGGACUUUUUGGGAACAACGUCAACGCCGCUAAAUACUUUUAUUCUUCAGAAAAGAUUCAGAGUCGAGGAUGCCAGUCAGCUGAGCUUUGGAGAAAAGAGACUGCUGAUCAAGGAGUUCCUGAAUCUUGAAGAUAGAAACAAAAUGUACUCUGGAAGUCUUCCUGUUGUUUUGGGUAAGAUCAAGGACAAGGCAGAGUCUAGAGCAAACAAACUGGUAAGGAAGCUUAGAAGACAGGACAAAGUCAAGAAGGCGGGUGAUAUCUCCAAAUUCUUUUCUGAUCAAGGAGUGUUUAAAUUUUUGCUUUCUCAAUUGAAGAUCAAGCCCGAGGAGCCGAUUGAAAAAGAUAAUAUUGCGCAUGUCAUAGAGAAGACGUACAAGGACAAGUACGUUAUUAAAAAGAAUCUGGAGCAAAUCAACUCAGCUAUCCAGAGAGUAUCUUUUGUUACAAAACUGGUAAUCUACAUUGCCACGGCUGUGUUUAUGUUUAUCUCUGCAUCUAUACAAAUAGACUACUUGUCUGCAAUACUCUCUGGAAUAUUUGGCACCCAAUUCAUCUCAAAGAUACUCUCCGAUGGUGUUUUACAGUCUAUUAUUUUUCUCUUUGUAAUACACCCGUUUGAUAUUGGGGACAGAGUUUUUAUCAGGCUGGGCGAUACAGUAGAAAAUCUUGUUGUUGCAGAGCUGAACAUUUUCUCAACGACGUUCUACAAAUUUGACGGCACAUCGUUCUUUGUUCCGAACAGUGUAAUGAUAGGUACACAUAUCAGUAAUAUUAGAAGAUCUAAGAAUAUUAUGGAAUCCCAUUCAAUUCAAAUAGACAGCAAUACAAAACCAAAGAAGCUUGUAAAGCUGAGAGAAAUGCUAGUGGAGUUUUGUAGACACAACACACCGUUCUACACCGACUACAUUCUUGUAAACUACGAGUCUAUUGAGAAUUCAAAUAAACUGUAUAUCAAAAUUCUGAUGCAAUACAAGGGAAAUUUCCAGAAUUACGAAUACUAUCUGAAGAGAAGAAGCGAGUUUGUGUGUGAAUUGGGUAGAUGCUUGAAGCACUUGAAGAUCGGCUAUUCGCUGCCAACACAGAAGGUGAGGAUAGUCCAAGAGGAGUAG